AACAGCACCGGGCUGGAGAGAGACUCCUCCAUUUUGUGUGAGCUGUCCGAGCAGAGAGCUGAGCAUCGUCUACCGUGAAGAGGCCAAACAACCGACACAACCAGGAACACAAAGAGUCAAAGUUAGCCGACGAACUGCUCGUUAACCAAUUUACUAUCCGAAAGGAAAGCCAACCUUAUCGUAUGUCCGGUAUCCAGAACCUCCAACACUUUGACCCCUUUGCUGAUGCAAGUAAGGGUCUCGACCUCAUCCCAUCCGGGACAGAGGACUAUAUCCACAUAAGGAUUCAACAGCGGAACGGCAGGAAGACCCUCACCACUGUCCAGGGCAUUGCCGACGACUAUGACAAGAAGAAGCUAGUCAAGGCCUUCAAGAAGAAGUUUGCGUGCAAUGGGACAGUGAUUGAGCACCCAGAGUAUGGUGAAGUGAUCCAGCUGCAGGGAGACCAGCGCAAGAAUAUCUGCCAGUUCCUCAUCGAGAUUGGCCUGGCCAAGGAGGAGCAGCUCAAAGUCCACGGCUUCUAGAAGCUGCUAGCAGCCCUCUCCCCUUCUCUCUUAGAAGGCCAUUAAACUCCCCCUCCUCCUAUGUGCUGCUGUUGCUCUUCCUCUCCCCUCUCCCCCCUUGCAACCCCACCAGCUCCUAUUAACCAACACAUGAAUUACCUCUGACAAACAUGGGAUCCUGUAACACCACCGCACCCCAACAACACCAGGGGGCAGGCUCGCUCUCACAAAGACACACCACUGCAGCUCCAAACAUCAGGGAUGAGUGGUGAUGACCCUCCCACACACACUUCCUCCUUCCUUUCCCCCUUUUGUUUAUUUCCUUUUUUAAUUUUUUCUUUUUAGGUCCUGUGCCAUAACUAGGAGGCACCGUUUCAUGUAACUCUUUUGUUUUGUAUUCAAGGUGUUUCAAUAAAACUUUGAGUCUCCAUAUGUUGGAGUGGUGUCAUGGGGAAUGGGGACUGGGUUUGUACAGGAAGGUCAUAGACUUUAUAACUGUUUACUGCUGAAGUGGGUACAUUUAGAAGCGCAAAGGCGGCAGGUGGGAGGAGGGGACGUAAGGGUGUGGAGGCAUUUGCUGCAGAAGCCAGUCUCUGUAGUGAGCCAACAUGCGUGAUUUCCCUCGUUUCCGUCUGCUUCACAUGCCCAGCCACCUGCUCUCAGGUUACAGAGCAGAGAUUGUGUAAAGUACUGACCAUCUUCACCACCCCAUCCAGCAAAUUUGUGUUUUGCUCCUCAUUUAAUGGCACGUUUUUUCUAACUCAUUUUUAGUUGUUUUUGCAGCCAAUCCAAGUAUUAAAAUUGAAUGGGCAUUCAGUGGUCAAAGCGAGGCCUGUAAUGUGGAAGGCUGAGUCGGUUUAAUAUGUGAUCAGAUGAACCCUCCAGAGUAGGAAGUGAAAUCAAAUACUGGUAAUAUUCGGCUGUAGCUCGGUGACAGUAUGAUUCUUAGCUCUUAACAUUGAGGAUAAUUUUGGAUUUGCCAGUAAAUGAAGUGAGUUUCCUACUCUGGCACUUGACCAGCUUUCUGGUGUGGUCCAAAAACAAACCUGUUACCACAUCUGCGGUUAUGGACACUUGAAUCUUUAAUUUUCCUAUAUAAUGCAAUAAUUUAUAAACAUAAGUUAAGAUGUAGAGUUGCUGAAGUAAUACAGUAAAAAUCAAAGCCAUGGCCAGGUCACACUGUGCUCCUGUGACUGAGGGUGAUGGAGAGCAAGUCUGUUUUGCAAAAUCCACAUUUGGUUCAAUAAAAUGUCUGCAGUUGA